AUGAAUAUUUGUGUACGGGAUCAUCGAGCUUUUGGUCAAAAACCAAUGGUUGGUGUACAUGUGUUAACAGAUUUUCAAAAUUUUAAAGUACCUCCAAGAACAUCACACACAGAUUUACUUAUGGAUAUACAAACAUUAACCGACAGUGCUCGACCAACGCAAGAGGCCAGCUUAACUGAUCCCAGUGUAAUGAUACAGUCACCAACUAAGAGGAAACAAAAGCAAAAGAAGAAACUUAUGGAUCUUAAACAAAUUGACGAUAAAGUGGAUUGGUGGUCAAAGUUCUAUGCAUCAAUUGGUGAAUGGGAUAAAUGUUUAAAGUAUAAAGAAUUCGGUUAUGAUACAAUAUGUGUGUAUCCUCAUCCUUUGGAAGAAGUUGAAGCCUAUAAUGGAUUUACAGAUUUUUGUAAUACAUUCACUCUAUCAAGAGGUAAAAAUGUUGACGCUGAUGAAGACAACUAUGCUGGGGAAUUCAAAGGAACAUUUCGUAUUUAUGCUUUACCAGAAGAUCCAAAAGAAGAAUUACCACUAAGAUAUUUUGAUAAAUUAUGUGUAUCUUCAGAACCAGAAGAAUGUCUUUUACGUGUUUAUGUCAUCCGAGCAAUUGAUUUACAACCAGCUGAUGCAUCUGGACUUGCUGAUCCCUACGUGGAAGUUAAUGUUGGCCAGCAGAAAGCUAAUUCAAAGGAUAAAUAUAUUCCAAAUACUUUAAAUCCAGAAUUUGGAAAAAUGUUUCAGCUGAAGUGUAUUUUACCAAUUGAAAAGGAUCUUCAUGUUACUGUCAAAGACUAUGAUGCAGUCGGUGCAGACGAUAUCAUUGGACAAACUUAUAUUGACCUAGAGAAUAGACGUUUAACAAAGUAUCGAGCAACAUGUGGUCUACCACAAUCCUAUUGUACCUCUGGACCGAAUCAGUGGAGAGAUUCAAAGUUACCCAGUGAAAUACUGUUAGCUGUAUGUGAUAGUUAUGCUCUACCAGCACCUCAAUAUGAAGACCCAACAGAAAUAAAACCAAGUCCAAGUUGUCGUGUUGGUCAGCGUGUAUUUGUCCUGGAAGACUUUGAACGUGGUAUGGUGCCCAAUCCACAUUUAGGUCCACCAAAAGAACGUUUAUCUUUGCAUAUUUUAAAUAAAUUGCCACUAGUGAAAGAACAUGUUGAGACAAGGAUGCUGUAUAGUCCACUCCAGCCUAAUAUUGAACAAGGUAAAUUACAAUUAUGGGUUGAUAUAUUUCCAACUUGUUUGGGUGAACCUGGUCCACCGUUUGAUAUAUCACCAAGGCAACCAAAUGAAUAUAUAUUACGCUUAGUUGUAUGGAAUACAUAUGAUGUUGUACUUGAUGAAAAAUCGAUAACUGGUGAAAGGAUGUCUGAUAUCUAUGUAAAGGGUUGGUUAGCUGGUUUAGAUGAUCGUCAAAAGACAGAUGUCCAUUACAGAUCACUCAGUGGUGAAGGGAAUUUCAAUUGGCGAUUUGUCUUCCCUUUCUUUUAUCUACCAGCUGAAAAUACAAUUGUUGUUAAGCGUAAAGAGCAUUUUUGGUCUAUGGAUAUAACAGAACAACGUGUUCGUCCACAAUUAGUCUUACAAAUUUGGGAUAAUGAUCUAUUCUCACCGGAUGACUUUUUAGGCACAUUAGAGUUGAAUUUAUCAAAUAUGCCUAGUCCAGCAAAAACACGUAGUAAGUGUGCAAUAAAUAUGCUACAAUCAGUUGGUAAUGAUACUAAAAUGGUCAACUUAUUCGAAUGUCGACGACUGAAUGGAUAUUGGCCGUUCAUCAAUGAUGAAAGUGGGACACCACUAUUAACUGGUAAAAUUGAAAUGGAGAUGGAAUUGGUGACAAAAGCAGAAUCUGAACUUCGACCAGCUGGUAAAGCACGUGAAGAUCCAAAUGAAAAUCCUCAUUUAGACCCUCCAAAACGCCCAGAAACAUCGUUCUUGUGGUUUACAUCACCAUGGAAAACUUUCAAAUUUAUUAUCUGGAAGAAAAUGAAAUGGAUAAUAAUUGGUUUAUUAAUUGUUCUUAUUAUCGGAUUAUUGAUAGUCUUGUUCGUCUAUGCAAUACCCCCGCUUCUCGCCAGAAAAAUGGUUGGUGUUUAA